UGGCGGAUUUGAAGCGCUACUUGGAAAUCUUCAAUCGCCUACUUAAAAAGAAGGAAGAAAGCUCCGAUCUGAUCUCAGAUCAGUUGUCGGCCUGACUUUAGUUCGAAGAAUUAAGGUCAAAGUUUUUGAAAGAAUCCACGUGAUAUCCUUUUGGGCCCCUCCAAAACUUAAUUUUCUCCUAUGAGAUGGAUUCUGUGUAGACCUCCCCCUCUUUGCUGCGUGAAAGUGGGAAAGACGAAGUCACAGCAGCGGGAGUUCCAUUGCGGCGACCUCUGCUGCUCGAAACCCUCUUCAUCUCCCAGUCGCAGGUUGUUGACCAUGAGACCAAGAUGGAAAGGCAAAGGUUCGGCACAACUUGCCCUUGCUGAUCCCAUGUCCAAAAUUGUUUCAAAGUUGCAAAGCUGCUUGACGGAAUCCAAAAGCUGUGCAUCACUGAGCAAUGAAGUUGUUCUUUGUGAAGCCGAACCAGAACAGGCAGAACUGCUGAACCGGGCAUGCUUUGGCCGUCCAAUGGCAACAGUUGCAAAAGGGAGGCAGUGGUUUCAGUUGGGACUAGAAGAGGCUUUCUAUCUGAGUAAUGCACUCAACUGUCUUACAGUUGUCGGAGAAGAUGGAAGUCCUAAAGAUCCUCAAAAACUUGCAAAAUGUAUGAAAGAUAGGCAGAGCAUGUUUCCAAUGAUGUACAAGGCAUAUUCACAUCUCAGGAUGAAGAACUGGGUCGUGCGCCCGGGCUCACAAUAUGGUGUUGACUUUGUUGUGUAUCGUCACCACCCUGCUCUUGUUCAUUCUGAGUAUGCGGCUCUGGUGGUCUGGGAUGGUGAUGAUGAAUUCGGCAAAGCUAGGAUGCGAGUGUGGUCUGACUGGCAUUGUAUGCUUAGACUUUGUGGCAGUGUUGCUAAGUCACUGUUGGUGCUUAGCAUAUCUGGUGUGAAUAGUUCCAAUGAGUUUCCUGCUUGUUUGGAUGAGUGGACUAUUGAAGAGUAUACAAUAGGGAGGUGGGAGGCCCAGCAGCAUCGAGAGGAUGAAGUUCCUCUUAAGGUUGAAAAUAAAUGUAGGACUUCCUCUUGUGAUUCCAAUGCUUUUCCUGAUCAGAUUAAACAAAACGAAUGAGUUACAGAGAAUGAACGAUUAAACUUCUCUCUC